CGUUGAAGCUCAGUCAUUUAUGCUGUGUUUGAGAAGUCUUCUCGUGCUCGGCCUCUGGGCCACGGCCUGGGGGCUGCCGCGAAAGCCUCCGGGACCCAGCGACGACGAUGGACAGACGUCCCCCGUAUCAUCCCUGCAGCUGGAUUCCGUCGGAAACUUCAAUCUGUUCUGGCAGGUGGACCAUUCAGCUAAAAUGGUCACUUUCGAACUGAAACUCCAACUGCAUCCGAGUAGCUGGUUCGCUUUCGGCUUCUCCGACAGAGGCAACUUGUCGGGUGCCGAUUUCUGCAUUCUCUGGGUAGACAGGAAAGGCGAUCAUCAUUUUGAGGAUGGUCAUACAAACUCGGAAGGAUUCCUUUACGUCGAGGAACAACAACAUUGUCGUCUCGACUCGCUGAAACGCAAAGGUUCUUCUCUGAGAUUCCUGUUCUCGAGAAGUUUUGACACGUGUGAUGACAAGGAUUAUAAGAUCGAGCAAGGAACGGUCCAUGUGGUCUUCGCGUCUGGACCUGGACCGCUGAAAAGAGCGGACGGACUCAGAAUCACCAGGGCGGUCCACAAAGGUUUCCAACGAACGACCAUACUCAAACCGACGGUUGGCGACGAGGAAGAGCCGUUGCCAGAGGACGUGAAGACCUACGCAUUCCUCAACGAUCAAGUCGCUGUACCGAAACGCGAAACCACGUACUGGUGUAAAAUGUUCCGGUUCCCGCCGGAAUUCCGUCGGAAGCAGCAUAUCGUUCAGUAUGAGGCUGUGAUCUCACCCGACAGCGAAGGCGUCGUUCACCAUAUGGAACUCUUUCACUGUGAAGUGGACGUGCGGGAGGUACUCCCCGAUUGGAACGACGACUGCUACAGUCCGCAGAGGCCCCAGAUCUUGGGGAAAUGCAAACACGUCGUGGCCGCGUGGGCCAUGGGUGCGCCGCCGUUGCGAUAUCCAAAAGUUGCCGGCCUCCCGACUGGGGGGAGGAAUUAUUCCUCAUUCGUUAUGUUGGAGGUUCAUUUCAACAACCCGGAGCUCAGAUCUGAUAUCAUCGACAGCUCCGGAGUGCAGAUCCAUUAUACGGAUCGUCUGCGACAGCACGAUAUCGGGAUCCUCGAAGUAGGCCUGGAGUACACGGACAAAAUGGCCGUGCCGCCGGGACAACCCAAGUUCGAUUUGAAGGGUUACUGCAUCUCCGAAUGCACUCGAGCGGGUCUUCCACCAAACGGCAUCAACAUCGUAGCUGCCCAGCUCCACACCCAUCUAGCCGGAGUCGCUGUAUGGGUCGAACACUCAAGAGGAGGAGCGUCUCUCGGCGAAAUCGCGAGAGACAAUCACUUUUCCACUCACUUCCAAGAAAUCCGCAGGUUGCCGCGAGAAGUCAACGUUCUACCGGGAGAUGCAGUCACGAUCACUUGCCGGUACAACACAGUUGAUAGAAAGGACAUCACUCUCGGUGGGUUCGGAAUACACGAGGAGAUGUGUGUCACCUACAUGCAUUACUAUCCCCUCUCGAAGCUGGAGGUUUGCAAAAGUUCCAUCGAUUCCUUCAGCCUACGCUCGUUUUUCGACUACAUGAACACAGCUCAUCAUGAGAAAACAUCGCGGCGGUACGGCAUCAGCGACAACUACAAGUCCAUCGAAUGGAGUCCGUACAACACCGAGUUGCUGAAAGAAUUCUACGCUCAGAUGCCGCUCUCGAUGCAGUGUAAUCGGUCAGACGGGGAUCGGUUCCCAGGCAAUUGGGAGGGUAUGCCUACAACGAACAUCUUGUACCCCCUCAGAGAGGAAGACACUUCACCAAGCUGCUCUGACCGAGAGCAAGAACUGGAGCUUGAUAGAAAAUGA